UGACUCCUCCCUCAGUUCAGCCUGGUGUCCUCUCAGCCUCCCUCUGCGUCUCCUCAUCAGACCACUGUCUCUCCUCUCCUCGACUCAGCCAUCACUUCACACCACAGAACAACCACAGAGAGGAUCAGCCUUCGACCAGCGACAGAAUGCCUUUCGGGGGAGGAAACAAGUGCGGCUGCUGCCAGAAGACCGUCUACUUCGCUGAGGAAGUGCAGUGCGAGGGGAAGAGCUGGCACAAAUCCUGUUUUCUAUGCAUGGUCUGUAAGAAGAACCUGGACAGCACAACAGUGGCCGUCCAUGUGGAUGAGAUCUACUGCAAAUCAUGCUAUGGCAAGAAGUAUGGGCCAAAAGGCUACGGCUUCGGAGGUGGAGCCGGCACUCUGAGUAUGGACACAGGAGAAGGACUUGGGAUCAAGCCUGAAGUCCAAGCUCCUUUUCGUCCCACAAACAACCCCAACGCCUCAAAGUUUGCUCAGAAACCCGGGGGCUCAGAUGUGUGUCCUCGCUGUGGGAGGACAGUGUACGCAGCCGAGAAGGUUGUCGGAGGAGGCAAUUCCUGGCAUAAAGGCUGCUUUCGCUGUGCCAAGUGUGGCAAAGGCCUCGAGUCCACGACCCUCGCUGAUAGAGACGGGGAGAUCUUCUGUAAAGGUUGCUACGCAAAGAAUUUUGGUCCCAAAGGCUUCGGCUUUGGUCAGGGUGCAGGAGCGCUGGCUCAUUCCCAGUAAAGCCUGAAGCCUCAGCCCAUCUGAGACCGACUGGUGCUUCGCUUCCAGGAUCCUUCAGUCAAUAUCCGGCCUAUUUUAUUCUGCCCGCUCACUCCAGCUAAAGGAAUAGAUGAGUGAAAGGAGGCACUCAACACAGCAUUUUAUACAAGUUCACCAAGCAGAUUUUGCUCUGUGUUGCAUUUGAACCUGGAUUUUAUAUGCCAUUUUUUACUGCUUUAAAAAAACAGGGUGUCAUGCUUAAUAUUUACAAAACACUAAAAUCUAACUGUGUUUGGACGUGCACAUUGUGUGUUUUUAACAGGAUAAAAAUGAAAACAAAUUAAACCGGCUGAGAUACUAAGAGACACUUCCACUGUAAUAACAAAUCUGAAUUUGACAAAUGUCGAGUUUGGUUAACAUCUGAAUCAGUCGGCGUCUGAGCGAGAACAAAAUAAGAUCAACACUUUUCAGGACUGACAGCUGUGAAAAAACAGGCUCACAUCACGCUUCAGUUACACUCAAGAUAAAGCUUUCAUUUCUGCCUCACAUGUCAAACGGUGUACAUACUGUCUUAAGAUAUGCUUUGUUGCUGAGACACAAAAUAAAUAUCAGUCAAAAAAAGAAAAGAAACAAUA